AUGUCUAAUUUCACCACCGUCGGUCCUUUCAAGAGUUCCUACAAGUUUUAUCACAAAGGGGUGGAAUCACGUCCGGCUUGGGCUUAUACACAGGCACGCAAGAAUAUCGAAGCUCAAUGGGGUGAAUUCUUGAAGGGUUUUCCUGAUACUGCCUCCGUUGGAUUUGGUGAUUAUGUGCAAGGUAACCUAGGAGGAACCAUUGGACGUAUGGGGUCGUGGGUGCAACUACCCAUUAUCAAAAAUCCCGGCAGCGAAACGAAAAAUGUCGGCGGUGCGGAUAGUUGGAAGGUUUGGUUCGAUGUUGAGUAUGAAAUUGUCUUUUAUUUCAUUGAUUCGAGAGUCGGAGCCGAUCCGCCCAAGGGGUUUUCAACUGCUGAAGUGGACGCUGCAAUUGAAAAGGGCACAAAUGGUAAAGUUCUGUGA